AUGUUCAAAUUCGUUGCCUUCUUUGCUCUUCUGGCCGUGGCUGCCGCUGCUCCUGGCCUCAUCGCCGAGACGCACUCGUACGUCCAGCCCGCGGUGCUGACCAAGACCGCCUAUGUGGAUCACAGCGCCUCCUCGGCCAUCACCCACCAGAGCAACGUAAACCUGGUGCGCAAGGUGCCAGUGGCUCCAGUCGUCACCUAUGCAGCCGCUCCUGUCGUCCACCAGACCGUCGUCCCGGCUGCUCCUUUGGUCAAGACCAUCGUGCCUGCCGCCCCAGUGGUCCAUACAGUGCAUGCUGCUCCCCUGGUCAAGACCGUCGUCCCAGCUGCUCCCCUGCUCCACACUGUCCACUCUGCUCCUCUGGUCCACACAGUGCAUUCUGCUCCCCUGGUGAAGACCGUCGUCCCAGCUGCUCCCCUGCUCCACACCGUCGUGGCCGGGUCCCCCGUUGUUUACUCCGCCUACCACAAGUGAAUCGAUUGAAAGCGAGUUGAUAAAGGAUACUGUUAUGUCUGAGGAGAACGUUGAGCGAAUCGAUUAAAACAAAAGUA